UUCAUGAUAUUUAAAUAUGGAAAUUGAUACUUCCUUUGGGUCAACUGCGGCAAUAUUUGGUUGUUUGUUGCUGCUAAAAAUGUCGCGUGAGGUAAAAUGCGGCGGAGAGACGACGUAAUCGUUUUCUUACCAUGAGCUAGCAGCGGGUGUUUUGAUGUGUGCGGGCGGGAAAAGACGACAAGUCAAUAUUUGUUUCUAAUAUUACGACGAAUCUGAAAAGUCAUGUUGAACUCAGCGGCAUCAGCUCUUGUUAACAUAGACCCAGCUGGGACAACCAGAGAUGAAACAAUUGGCCGAAAUUUAGCAAGUGAGUACAGCAAUAUUCACGGAAAAUCUGAAAGUGUAAGAGAGCAACUUCAGUCUUUGAAUAUGGUCAACAGAGAGGACACGAACGACUGGGUAAAAAUGGACAGUCAAUCUAAGACGAAAGAAGAUGGAUCUGCUAAGCGUUCUCAACCUGUAGGAAAUGUCACACAACGGAAGGAGACAAGUCCAGGAACAGAGAAGAACAAGAGAAUUCUUCCGAUGACGCCAGGAACUACAAGUACAGCAAGUAGUACUGCGAUGACCCCCAAGUCACUCUAUUCAACGCCAAGCCAGUCGGCCCCCUCGACAGUAUCUUCGUCUGAAAAAACAAUCUCAAAGCGCUCAAGUACUUCUUCCUUGAGCAGCGCUAGUAACACAUCGUCUGUAUCAUCCGAGGGGCCCGAAGACGAACUUCGCUUAACUGACACGAAGCAAACUCACAUAGUUGUGUACAAGUUCGUUGCAAGACAUGAUGAUGAAAUUAAUUUAGAAAUUGGCGAUGCGGUUCAUGUGGACAAGAAGUGCGAAGAUUUGUGGUUUGAAGGGAUUAACCUACGAACUGGCAAGGCUGGGAUAUUUCCCUCACGUUAUGUUUCUGAUAUUCUACAGCAGACUUCUAUUCAAGGCAAGCAUUGAUUUCUCUUCAGUCACAGUGUUUCCGACUUUAAAUCCUCUUAUUUCACCCUUUUGUUUUUGUUCAGUUAUUUAACAAAGUUGUUCCGUAGGGGGCGGGGGGGGGGGGGGAGGCAUGGGUAUUGGGGGGAUAGGGAAGUGAAAAUAAUAGAAAAUAAACGAAGACAGGAGAAUAUCGCCACAAAAUACGUGUACAUCCAGGAGGGUUGACCCCUAACACCGAGGUCGGUUUGUUUUUUCCUCUUUUUUUUUUUUUCUAUUUUAUUUCAUCAGCUUUUUAUUUUAAGGAAGUUUUUUUUUUUUUUUCUCUCUUGUUUUUUUUAUUUUAAUUCUUUUUUUUUUUUCUUUUUUUUUUUUUUUUAUUUUUGAAGGGAGGGGUGGGGGGGGGGGGGGGGGGGGGGGGGUGUGGUUGGGUAGUUGGGAGAGGAGGUAGGUAACAAUCAUGAAAACACAAACAAUAAGUGCAAAUUUCACCACAAAAAUGGCCUUCCUUCUCUUCUGCUUGGGUUUUCAUUGUGAGCUCAUUGUGUGAUGUGAAAAGAAAAUAUAGUGCAACCCGCAUAAGCACAAGGUGAUCAAUAGAGAGGAGAAGUUGGUACAUCACAUUGCAGCACAUUUUCUGGAUUACAACCAACUUUAAAGCCGUAAAUGUGGUUGCCAUGCCGAUCAGUGAUGAGCCGAAAUAAAUUAACUGGGGAGAGAACUGCGACAAUUCUAAACAUGCAUUUGAAUACGUCUAAUGGGGAGUCAAAUAUGUCACUGUGGCAAUGACAAUGAGAAUGUCAAAAAAGCAAUAGGUUAAGAUCAGCAAAACAACAGCUUUACAUGUGCAGCACACUUUUUGUACAUUUCUUUGCCAUCACUGCACGACUACGACGUUAAUUGCCUAAUUUCAUGUUUUAUCGUCCAUGUGUACAUGCGACAGCAAAUUUCUCUUUCUUCCCCUACAGUAUUUAAUAGACAAAGUGAGAGAGUUAAAAUAAUCACGCUGAAGUUUCAAAGAACGUGAAGUGGCUUUUUGGGUGACAUUUUUGCUGCUGUGGCCCUCGUGGUAUUUUUUGUUGAGAUCCAGAAAUUUUGCCACCAUGGUAACAUGAUGUCACACUUCUCCUCACUAUUUUGCCCGGGCCAAUAAAAACAUUGGUUCCAGCUUCACUCAUGUGAAGGUGCCUUUCCACAAUUUUGAUACAAAACAAAUUCAAGUUUUAAGAAUAAAUUUUUGCUCAAAAGUUUUAUUAAACCAAAAAAUUUAAGAGGUCCUACAAACAGUAGAGAACUAGGGUUUCAAAAGUGACCACUUAACCGUUUAAGCCCUAAGAGUGAUCAGCAUCAAAUUCUCCUUGUAAUACCAAUGCUUUGUUAAGCAGGGUGGUCAUGAGAAUUACAGAUGUGAUCACACAAAAUAAAUUUUCUUGAUAUUUUAUCAACUUCUCCCAACUACUUCUGAAGGAAAUAAAUAGGGGCAAGAAAUGAGAAUUCAAAUUUUGAUCUUAGGGUUUCAAGGGUUAAUGGGCAUAUAAAACUACAAAUAUGCAUAUACAGUUGGUACUGAUGAAAAUAGUUGUCGGAGAAAAUCUUUUAUUUGUAAACCUUUUCAUCCUAAUAACAGGGUGUUCAUUAGGCAUCCUUGAUCAAAGAAUUUUCUGUUUACUUAUAUAUGCAUAAUUCUCAGGCAAGUGUCCGGUAACCUUUGACUAUUUUACAUUUAGACAUGGAGGCUCUUACAAAAUCUUCUCCUCUAACAUUACACCUUUCUCCUGCUACUCGAAUUCUUAAUAAAAACCCUGCAACAAUAAUAAUAGUAAUUCCAGGUAAUUUUUAAUAAUUGCCGACCUAGGGCAGUCCCCUGUGCAUUUUUAGAUCAAAAUUGAGACUGUCAGGUCUAUUAGACACCAUGACAUUUCAAUUUGGCUGGAGAAUGGGAUCUCCCUCUUACCUGGCAGUCGAUUCUCCAGUGCUUUAUGGCACAGAAUCCAGAUUGAUAUCUAGCAUUAUCCAGUGUGCUUUAUGAAUGCCCUGUCUAUUAUGCCACAGUUAAUAUUUGGUCAGUUAACGAUUUGUUCCAUGUGCAUCUCUUUUUAAAUAUAGAUAAUUCAAAUGGAGCACAAGUAAACCAGUUCAGUGUCAGGUAAAAGACAUGAUAACAUAUUUAAGAAUAAAAUAAUUACAUUAAUCAGCUGUUUCGUGUGGCCAAUCAGUCAUAUCAUUUUUAUAAUAUCUGGAUAUUCCAUUAUGAAGGUGAUCCUUACCACUGAUAUUGGUCAUUAAAAGUUUUUUUAGGCAAGAGGAGUUCAUUGUUUAGUUAAAUGGGACAAGAAAGAAAAAUUAUUUUGCAAAAACAAUUACGUAACAGUGUAUCAUACACAGCAACACAUGUACAAGAAUUUACAGGUAGAGAUGACAUGAUUAGUGGAUAAGCAGCAUGCAGAGAAAGUCAUGUCCGAUAGCCAGGGGCUAGUGGAUUUUGCUAUCGGGCUUGUGAUUUUUGCUCUUAACUUGCCCGAUGGGCAAGUGCUGUUUUUUUGGGAAAUACAAAUUACAGAAGGAUUGUAAUCAAUCCUGCUAAUCAUAAAGGGUUUUGGGGCCAGUUGAAGUGACUUGUGGGCUAGUACAUGCCAGCUACAGCUUGCCCAAAUGGCAGGCUGUAAAACUGACUUUCUUUGCACCUUGAUAAGUGAAAUUAGUUUAAGCUCAAUAAUUAUAGCUUUUAUCUCCAUGUUAUUGUAGGUUUCUUGGGUCGGUGGAGGUGAAUGGAUUUAAGGGAAAUGAAAUCAUAUGUGAUGCUAUGAGACAGGUACUUGAUUUUUGUAAUCUUUUAAAAAAAAUUUUUAUUUUUUUUUAUUUUUCCCAAUGGUAUGAGGAAAUACCUUUUCUCUCCUACAACUUUUUCGGAAGGAAUUUUGUACCGAAAGUCGAUGAUACAAGGGAACAUGAAAAAGACACUCUCUCUUUGUGUUUCUAGCAAUGUUUUGCCUUUGCCUGCACUCCACUAUCUGAAUGCGUAGAACAGGCUAUCAGGAAGAAGAAACUAUGUGUUAAUAAAUUGUAAAUUAACGGUACCAAUCUUAAUUUAAAUAUUAGCAUUGCUGACCAAAUUUGCUUAUAACCUUGCUUUUUAUAGAUUGUGAAGCAGCAUCAACUGACUUCAACAGCCAGACCACCUGCUUGUAUACUAGAUGUAACUGAAAGAGGAAUUAGGAUCACUGAACACCCUGUGGCAGGGCAGAGAAGGGUAAUGGAAUCAAGCAUGACUGUAUAGAUUCUUAGUAUUAGACAUUCUUCUCCUUCUGUCCUCAAAUGUUUCUUAUGGGUGGAGUGAGAAGAAUUUGUUCAAAAAUUCAGAGACUUUAAAAUCUCUGGUGCACUUGUCUUUAUUUCUUCCCCUCCCAAAUUAUGUGGCCAAACCCAAAUUUUGACAAAAUUUCCAAAUAUCAUUUUGUAAAAUGCUUAACAGUGAAAGUUCCACCAAAGAUGUUUCAUUUGAGAGUCGUACAGGGUGGCCCUCUGGCACAGUUCACAGACCAUAAAACAACUAAUCACUAAUCACAGAUAACAAACUUUCAUUUCAGUUUUUGAGUCACAUAAUCAGCAAAGUAAUGUUUUUUUAUUUUACUCUAAUUAGGUAAAGCAAAAAGUGGCAAAAGAGUGUCUGAAAAAACAACUUGAAAGUGGCAAAAAGGAAAAGCAAGACUGCAAAUAGCAACUUACAAGAAUUCAUCAUUCUCAUUUGUUGCUUUAUUUAUCUUCCGGAAGUCUCAAAACUGAAAAUCAGGGAAAAAUAAGUAAUAAAAGUUUUUCUCGGGGCUCAGACAACCUUUUGGUCAAGGGUUCAAAAAGAAUAAUUAUUGAAUUCACAAUUCGCAAAAAAUAAAAUCAAGUAAUUACGUAUCACGAAAAUACACCUGUACAGAUGUACGACCCAGCUCUAAUUUGAGUGGCCGCACCAUAGGAUUUUGACAACAGAGUCCAACGUUAGAACUACAUAACAACCCUCCAUCAUUCACUCCGGGAAUGAAAAGGUUAAUUAUCAGGAUUAAUUUUUAAUAUUAUUUUUAUCAAUAAUUUCUUAUUAAUACAGUCGAACCUCUCCACAGCAGCCCAAAAAAUUCCCAUUCAUGAACGCUUCACUUUUGACCAACAGCUAAAUCUAUAAUUUUAUAAGCUGAGUUUUGCCAUGCGGCAGCUCAAUAUAUGCAACAUGCAUUUAGCUUUGGAUUAGGAUGGAGUUUAUCCUUCUUGUCAAUUAUUGUUUCAGGAUUCAGCAUCCAGCAAAAAAUCAAGAAAAGGCAAAUUAGGAAAAAUAUUUGAGAAAGAGUCAAAGGUUUGUAAUUAAUUACUUCACAUAACCGGGACAUUUUUUAUUUAGUUAUGGCCACGCACCCUCUAAUUAAAUGUUUUCAUUUGCCUUAGUUUUAAUUGGCUGGUUCUUCAGGCAUGUAACUGGGUUGUCUCUGGGACUUCAAAAUAGAAUGCCUGGGAUUUCUUAGUCUUCAUUUCCCAUCAUUUUUAAGGUAGCAAGUCUUGAACAAAGAUUUUUCUGCAUUUUCUUUUUUCUUUCCAUCAGUUCAUCCUUAUUUUUCCCCGUUUAGCGUUGUCCGACUUACCCAAAUUUUUCGCAUUUUUCAAAUUUUUUUUCUUUUCAUCUGACCGACCGAUCCCAACUAAAAAAGGGAGGGUGGCCUAUGGUGGGAGGCGAUAGGGACGACUCAAUUUCACAAAAAUGUGGGGGAUUUCUCGUGAUAAUGCUUCUCAGCUUCGCCGGCUGCUCCCAAUUCUAACUCGGUAACUCCAUACGUACUUAACUAUGUAUUGAUAGUAUACCCCUUAAUUGCCCACUACGUCUUUCAUUCAUUCUAGGAACCACCAAAAUCACACUACUUUGCGCUGAAGAAUGUUACGUUUUGUGGUUGUCAUCCCCAUAAUGCAAGGUAAUCAGUUUUAAACAUUUUUAACGUAGAAGCGUCUAAUCUAAACAGGUCAAACAGCUUUUGUCAGCACGUCUUUUAAGACAGACUAAACGAGAUAGUAUGAUGCACAAGAGUUUCUUCCAGAAGCUAAAGGGUGAUGACGUUUAUUAGAACAAAAUAUUUAGUUUUAAAACUACCGCAAUAAAAAAGCCUGCAUCAGCAUGACCUCAGUUGAGCACUUUUGUUUGCUUGGUUACUGAAAUUUUCCUUUGUUCCGCUUGCAAUUUCCCACAAGCCUGCUAGAAAGCUUUCCUUUUCGAGUGGUGAGCGAAGCAAGCCUGAUGGGGAACACGCCAGUGAGCGGCGUGGCUUUCGCGUGCCGCUCACGCGUGACUUCUCGCGACUACCCCAAAAUGGGAUCGAGAUUGUCAACGGGCUAAUGUGCCUCCUUUUCAUCGAUUUUUACAAUCUUUUUCGGAUGUUUCCAGAUUUUUUGCUUUUAUUACAAAACAUCCCGAGGAUCACCGAUUUGCAUGUCACGUGUUCAUGUCGGAGUUCUCCACUGAGCCAGUCGCUAGUGCUAUUGGGUAAGUGAAUAUUCUCAAUACUUAAUAACGAAACUUUGCCAAUAUUUCUGCACGGUGUGAAGUCACCUGCUAAUUCACCCCAGUAACUGUGGUAACAUAACUACCAAAUCGUGGUUUCAAAUGAUGUGUCAAAGAACGAUGUCCAUCAUUUAAAAGGAAAUUGAAAAUUAGGGCAAUUGAGUCGCUUAAUUGAUACAUAGUUAAUUGAGUGGAAUGGUUAUGAAACCCGUCAGACUCCUUUGUUAUAUGUUUUUGUGGACCUGAAAGUGCACAACGUUCAAAAGAAUUCCUAUCAAUUUGAUAUCCGUAACAAUUUGCCAACAGAAAACAAAGGAUUGUGCACUUUCCGGGUGCUUCCAACAUAAACUGCAGCACUGUUGUUUUUAUCAUUGAUGUUUGCCGCUUUUCAUAACCAGUCUCCUCUAAUAACUAUGAUUGAUAAUGGCGAUAAUGCAGUGAUUAUGGUACUGAAGAUCAUGACUAUGAUGGCAAUUUUGAUGAUGAUGAUGAUGAUUAUGAUGAUGACCAUGAUUAUCAUCAUGAGUUAAAGUAUUAAUACUAGUAACUGUCUAGGCUACGAAUCAGAAGGUCAAAUUACUUGAAACCAAGGUUUGGUCACUGGUGCAUCGCUUUUCUACCGAUGCAAUGCAUUUAUCUUUUAGAAACUAAUUACCUCGUUUUGGGUUCUUAUUGAUUUCUUAUUGUAUUAUUCAUCCUGUUGUGUCAUAGGCGCGCUUUCAAGAAGUUUUACGCUGAUUUUCUCGACUAUCAAGCUCCUGUAGAAGACUUCUACAUUGAAUGACAACUCGUCUUACUUGUAAUAACAUAGCUAGAUAGCUGACUAGAUAGAGAAACUUAAAUUGAAGUGGAAAGUAAUAUUUGGGAUUCUUAAUUUUGCAUUUCUAUCCUCUCUGAUUGACUGAAACUUGUCGUCUUUAUCUUGACCAAUCAUGCAGAAGUUAAACAGAUACCAAUUG